CAGACCCAUAUCAACUCUCAUUUCAUAGAAACCUAAGAGGUCUAUUGUUUAAUUCUGCAUUAUCUGGCAAUUCAAAUAUUGUACUUCAUUAUUUGCAUCCUCUGAACUCUCUGCGUCUUCUCACGCUACACAGUUCCUCCCACAUAUUACAUUAUACUAAAGCGCCACGAGGAUGAAAGCAAUUUUACAAAGAGUCAAGUCGGCUUCGGUCACUGUCGACAAACAAUUGAUUUCUUCAAUUGGGAAGGGCAUCCUCGUAUUUGCUGCAGUUGGCGCUGGAGAUACGAAGAAGGAAGUUGAAGCCAUGGCGAGCAAGGUUCUCAAAAUGAAGAUGUGGGGUGAUGAGGAGGGCGGUUCGUGGAAGCGUAGUGUCCAAGAAAUACAGGGCGAAGUUCUUUGUGUCUCUCAAUUUACACUCCUCGCGUCAACCAAAAAAGCCAAGCCAAGCUUCCACGGAGCAAUGAAGGUCGAAGAGGCGAAGCAACUUUACGAUCAGUUUGUCGACAAAGUCCGCGAACUACAUGGCGCGGAUCGAGUUAAAGAUGGCGUUUUCCAAGCCAUGAUGGAUGUCGAACUUGUCAACGAUGGGCCCGUAGGUCUUGAAUACCGCAGUGAUUCUGGCGCGGUAAAUCCUUCCCAGGUGUGCUAGAUCUCAGACGAAUCUAAUUGAAUUUUCGACAGGUUACACUGGAAAUUAUCUCGAACCCGCCCCCUCAACCCGAGGCAAAUGCGGAUACCAAGCAAGAAGGGCCAAAAAAGGGCAAAACAAAAUCGGAUCAGCCCACGCCGAAUGGUUCUACGUCGGAU